GAGAGAUCCGCGAUUCCGCGCUAUUGUAUACUGUGCCGUCAGGAGUCGUUUGAAUUGUUCAUGCUUUGACAUAACAGGACCGCAGGUUCGACGGUGCAGUCUCGAUUGAUUCGCUUCGUAUUCGUGUAUUGCCAGCCAGGAAUACAUCAUAUUGAGAGUGAUAUGAAGAAGGAAAGGCCGUGACGGAGGCAAUUUGAGGACAAGAGCAGCCCCGGUGAACGCAGGACCAUGCCUUCAGCUACCGGCGGGACCAACCCGAUAGGACAGCAGAAGGGAGGGGGGACCAUGCCGAGUAAUGAGGAAUGUGGAAUCAGAGAUGUAUGGGGACACAACUUGGAAGAGGAGUUUCGUACAAUUCGUCAAGUCGUGCAGCAGUAUCAGUACAUCGCGAUGGAUACGGAAUUUCCGGGUGUCGUGGCUAGACCUAUCGGUGAAUUCAGGACUAACGCAGACUACCAGUAUCAGCUGCUGCGGUGCAACGUGGAUCUUUUGCGAAUAAUUCAACUUGGCCUCACAUUCCUCGACGAAUCGGGAAACACGCCGGGCGGUAGCUAUACAACAUGGCAGUUCAAUUUUAAAUUCAAUUUACAUGAAGACAUGUAUGCACAGGAUAGUAUAGACAUGCUACAAAACAGUGGUAUACAGUUCAAGAAACACGAAGAGGAGGGCAUCGAUCCUCUAGAGUUCGCCGAGCUACUGAUGACGUCGGGAAUCGUACUUGUCGACGACAUUAAGUGGCUGUCCUUUCAUUCUGGCUACGACUUCGGAUACUUACUGAAACUCCUCACGGAUCAGAAAUUGCCACAGGAGGAGAGCGAAUUCUUCGAGCUCCUCAGGAUAUACUUCCCGACGAUAUACGAUGUAAAAUAUCUGAUGAAAUCGUGCAAGAACCUAAAGGGUGGCUUACAAGAGGUGGCGGAACAGUUGGAAAUUCAAAGAGUGGGUCCCCAGCAUCAAGCUGGCUCCGAUUCUCUCCUCACUGGAAUGGUCUUUUUUAAAAUGCGGGAGAUGUUUUUUGAAGAUAAUAUUGAUGAUGCAAAGUACUGCGGGCACCUAUACGGCUUGGGAACGUCGUUUGUCAUGAACGGACUUGCAAUGGAGAGCAACGGAGAUAACGCCUCGACCUCGUAAUGUUAAAGAGAGAAUCAACCGUAACAGAGAGAGAUUAUUUCAUUACCAAUAAAACGUUACAAAAAAUCCUUUCACCUAAUGAUCAAGUGUACGGCUCACGUCCGCAAUAUUAUACCGACAUUGCCGUAGGUUCCGUUGAACACACGUGAUGCGAUUCGGACACGUCUCCGCCUCCGGAUAUAUUCAGUAUCGCAAAACUCCGCUCCCCCUCAUUUUCUUUUCCCAGUUUUUAACUCUUUUGGAUUUCUCCCCCGCGUGAUGACUCCUUUGUAGAUUUCUUCUGUGAUAUGUAAACUGUCAAUCGAAAAAUACCCGCAACCGAACAGCAUAAAAAUGAAGAAAAAACGAAAAACAAAGAAAGAUGUAAUAUAGUUUUCUUUUUGUAAACAUUUGGACAAUAUUGAUACAUAAGAUACCAUACUGUGCAGUACAAAAAAUCCCGCAUAACUCCCUCUACUUUUAAGAUCCUUGCAGUAUACAUAUCUAGGUGAACCCCCUCCCCCCGAACGAUGCGUACAGAAUCCGCUUAACGUGCCGUGUAUUCGAAUCCGGAACGCAAUGUGUAUAUGCCGCAUUAUGUAAACGUAUCUAUCUACUGUUGAUAUGUAUAUUUAUUCCAUGAUGGAUUUUUGUAGCGCGAUAACACUUUUAGCAUGAAAAAAAUUCAUACGCAUUUUAGAAAACCUCGAGAUGGAAGGAUCGAAGCGCACCGUUUUCUCUCUACGCGUUUUUUUUUAAGUUAAGCCGCGAUAUGGAACAUACCCGAGAAUACAAGAGAAUCGUACGUAACGUUUUUAUUAUACACGUAAUAACAUACGAUUAUUCCCCCCCGGCACGAGCGAUGCAUACAUGUAAAAAGUGUCGUUAGAGUUUUAAAGACGAGGUGCGUCGCCUCUUCAUAUAAUAUUUGCUAUAUAUAUUGCACAUUGUUUUAUUGUAAAAUCCGUCUCGUCUCGCCGAAGAGAUAGGAAGGAAGAGAUUUUGGUACAUUUUUCGAACUCUCUAAUCGUACUAGAAAAACUGCUUUGUAAAUACCGGACAGUUGCAGAGACCGAAUAAAUAAUUUGCC